GUUGAGACGCACGCGCAGAUAUCAAUGUCGUGGCUGUCACGUUCUCCGCGAAUCUGUCAAGUUCGGUCCGCGCAGUGAUGAUCAGCGCGCGUUCCGACCGCCUGACAACAAAUAAUGCUACGCGGUGCCACGAGGACCUGAAUUUCAACGUGCUUCUGACGUCCAUACGUCAAACAUGAGUCACGGUGUCGUCCACGACGUCCGUCGCUCAGCAGCCGCCGGCAACAACACGGGUGUGUCCACUGAAUCGGUCGCGCUCCGAUACGGUGCGAUCAAGUGUGCCAGUCGCCGCUUCGCCGUAGGGUAAGUGUGUCGGUGCUCGUCGCGAGUACACACGUACGGUACGUACGCAAGCCGGUAUGCACGGCCGACCAGCCGCCACGAUGACCGCGGCGACGUCGGCGGCUGGCAUUCCGCAGGACAGAAACUUCGCCUGCAACGGCAAGGACGACGUGCCGGUGGUAACGCAGCCCACCAUCAGGAGUGGACUCAGGGUAUACAAAAUCGUGGUGUUAGGUGACGGUGGCGUUGGCAAAUCAGCUGUCACUUUGCAGUUUGUCAGUCACAGGUUUCUGGACUAUCACGAUCCUACGAUAGAGGAUUCGUAUCAGACACAGGUGGUCAUUGAUGGUGAGGCAGCUCUCUUGGAUAUUUUGGACACAGCUGGACAGGUGGAAUUUACAGCAAUGCGUGAGCAAUACAUGAGAUGUGGCGAAGGCUUCAUGAUAUGUUACUCGGUAACGGAUAGGCAUAGCUUCCAAGAGACAAUGGAGUACAGAAAACUAAUAUCACGUGUGCGCGCUAAUGAGAAUAUUCCUCUGGUGCUGGUUGGCAAUAAAUUUGAUCUACAACAGCAUCGAAAGGUGACUACGGAGGAAGGCAAGGCACUGGCGGAGGAGCUCGGCUGUCCUUUUUACGAGACAUCCGCUGCCCUCAGACAAUUCAUAGACGAUGCAUUUUUCUCAUUGAUCAGGCAAAUCCGCGCUAAGGAGAGGUCUCGUAAUUCGCAUCGCAAACGCAGCCGUUGGUGGCGAAUUCGCUCGAUAUUCGCUUUUAUUUUCCGGCGGAGGAGACACACUUCCCAUCGUUCUGCGUAAAACUGGUUUUUGAUAAUAAGUUCUUUACCAGAGAGAUCGUUGAAUUAAAACGAUAGCAAUGACGGAAGUGAUGUCAUAACAGAUCACAACGAAAUAGAUAUUACUCAUAAUUUUUUAUAAUUUACGCGAUACAUAGUUACCCUCAUUUAGAGACUGACGAUUCAUUAACAUUGCACUGCCUUAUCAUUGACCCCAAUGCGUAUUUUGAAUAGAGACACGGCAAAGUGAAAUUGUCAAACGGGCUGGAACGCACAUUUAGUAUUCACCUUAGACCUGAGAGAUCUCGAAUCUAUCAUUCGUGCUGCUCAAUUAAAGAAACAUAGAGCAUAGUACGCAAUAGAUUCAUACUUCCUGUGAAGAAUACAGCAUAUACUUGUGACUUCCAGUUUUCUAAAAUGACGAUUUCUUCCGCAAUAUUUAUUUAUGGCUGUUAAUGUUUAUUUAGGUUUCAUAACGUGGCGAUAAACGGAACCUAAGGCAACUAAUUUUAAAUAAGUAAAUCUUUCACAAACGUCUAGUGAAUUAUCUUUUCUGAUAGUUGUAUAAACGAUAUUUAAAUUUUAAUUUAUUUUUAAAUAACGUGACCAAAGAGAAGUAUUUGAUACAAAGCAAGAGGUAAUUCUUAAUAAUGCAAAGAAAAAUAAAAAUGCAAGAUAUUAUACGUAAGCUUUACAAAAUGAAUAGCUGCAAUUUUAAAGAACAUAUAAAAAUUGAAUUUUAUUUAUUUUAAUUUAAUUCAAUGUAAAUAUUUAUCAAAGAUUAUGCUGCUACAAAUUAUGAAUGAGAACUAUAUAAAAGUUGCAGUAAGUUGCAAAGUUUAGAAUUGUUAAAAAUUUUAGUAUUAUUAAUUAUUAUUAAUGUAAAUCGUAUGAUCUCUAAAAUAUUUCGAAAAAAAAAUAUUUCUCUAUGAAAACAUGAAUACCUAUGUUUAUUACAGAUAUAAAUAAUUGAACUGGCAAUAAAAGUAAAUAAUAUAUUAUUUCUAUACAGAGACACAAGAGCUUAGAAAAAAAUAUCAUGUGUAGAUUUUAAAAUAAUCAGAGCUCUUAUAUAUGAGUGGUACGAAUGUUAUUUUUCAAUUCAAAGAAUAUUCCAAUGUAGUUUAAUAUUUAUAAUAAGUAUUUUAAUCAUAUGCAGCUAAUCAGUCAAUAAUUAUUCUUUAGUUUAAUUUUUAGUCAUGAACAGGUAUGACGAGAUUUGUAAUAACUGUGGUAAGAAGUCACAUUAAUAUACAUAUAAACGUAACAAUCAUUUAUAUAUAUAGACAUAACUCAACAUAGUAAUUAUCUAGUCGUUACUUAAUUUUUACUAGUCACAUUUUGUAUUUUGUUGUAACAUAUUGACAUAUUAUUUUAAUCAUUGAAAUAUUAUUUUAAUUAUGAAUAACUAUUGAUAUUAACGCACAAUUUUAUAUAAUUCUCUGUUUUGUUAUGUAUUGCGAUUGACAUUACAAUAUGUAUUGUGAAUGUAUAUACAUGUAUUAUAUGUAAUAUUACAUAUUAUUAAAUGACAUAUUAGAUUUGUAUUAUAUUUAUUUAAUAUUAUGUUUGUACAAUUUAACAUUUUCUAUGUUCAAUGACAGUUAUUGUAAGUUACUGCAAGCACAUAUAUAAUAUAUGUAUACAUUUAUAUUAUACAUAUUAUGUUAUUAAUAUAUGCUAAUAAUUUAUUUCAUAGUAAUAGCAACGAGCGUGGCUAUUUGUAGCAGCAAAUGUAAAGUAUUAUUGGCAGCAUUUAUGAUAAUGACUUUGCAAUAUAAUUGAUAUAAAGAAUGACUGUAUCAAUUGAAAUAAAUGUACCAAUAUACAAUAA